GUAGUGUCACCAGUCAGCUGGCUCGCGAGUUACACAGCCAAUGUUAACUUCCUGAACGCCAUCUUGUCAAGAGCCAAUCAAUAUGGUGUCGCUGUCGGAAUCUACACGAGUUCGUACGAUUGGAGCCAGAUCACGGGUAAUGCUUUGAUCAAUAACCUCAACCUUGCGCUAUGGUACUGGAAUGUGUACGGUGGUGGCCCGUUGAACGAGACCCCAGCCAACUUCACUGACUUCCGCGCAUUCGCUAGAUGGACGGCGCCAAACAUGUCUACAAUUCGUCGAUUGCAAGGACUGGUAUGGAUGCUGUGGCCAAGCCAGGAAUGUGUCCAACAAAUCACCGUUGGCAGUCUGGGACUUGCAAGUGCAGCGGCGUUCACUGGGAAACCAGAAAUCAUAGCAUAA